GGCCCGCUGGGGGCGCUGUUGUGUCUCCGCUCAGACAAACCGAAGAAAAAGACGCUCAAACACGUGUGGCUUGCCUGCACGGUGCAUGUUGUGACCGACCGACAGUAAUCAGAUCAGAAAACUACUUCUCAGGUACCGACUAUUUCCUUCGUCCAGACAGUUCGAUCAGAAAUGACUAAAGUGAAGAAGGAGAAGGCUUCAGCGGAGGGAGAGGAGGCCGCUGCCGCCGGCGGGAACGAGAAGUCUUACCAGGAACUGAUCGCUAACGUGAACUCGAUCGCUCAGCCGCUGGCCUCCAAAAAACUCAGCAAGAAGCUCUACAAAUGCGUCAAAAAGGCUGCCAAAAUCAAGAACAUCCGACGAGGAGUGAAAGAAGUUCAGAAGUUCAUCAACAAGGGAGAGAGAGGUAUCGUGGUGUUGGCCGGCGACACGCUGCCCAUCGACGUCUACUGCCACCUGCCGAUCAUGUGCGAGGACAGAAACAUGCCGUACGCCUACAUCCCCUCCAAACUGGAUCUGGGUUCGUCUGCAGGAUCCAAGAGGCCGACUUGUGUGAUCCUGAUCAAACCUCAUGAGGAGUAUCAGGACGCCUACGACGAGUGUGUGGAGGAGGUGUCCAACCUGCCCAAGCCGCUCUGAGACGCAUCGUCCAAUCGGGGAGCAGCUCUGAGGUCACCGCCGUCAUCUAAAUAAACCCCCAGUUUAAAGGAGCAGUCGGGCAUUUUAGGAAAUCCUCUUGUUUCUCGUCAGAAGCUCCGUCACCUUUCAACAUUUCUGUUCCUACGUCAGAUGAAUAAACAACAUCCCACGUGUCGCUCAGCGGGUGGAGGGUGGAGUUUUCCUCCUUUGAUGGAGCUAGGCUAACAGUUUCCCUCUACUUCCAGUCUUUGUGCUAAGCUAGGCUAUAUUUCUUUUCAACCAAACACAUGAAAUAAUAGUAAUAACGUCAAUGGUAUUUCAGUAAAAUUAGCAGUGGCGUUGCAGUGGCUUUGUUGUGCAGGUGACGGCCGAGGAACCGAUGAGACUGAUAAAGUUUGUCCUGCUCAGUGGACGACGGCAGCAGGAAACAGCGAGACAGGUGAGAACAGCAGGUUCUCGCUUUAGUUCCCUUUUCUCUUUUAAGACGUCAUAAAAAAAAUCUCCACACUGACGAAGAGUUUGAUCAUUUUUCACAGUUUGUUUUUGUGCGACUGUAAUUUGAUUCAUUUAAAAAAAUGUUUGUGAUGGAUUUUUACGUUUCUGCUGUUAAAUAUGUUUAGUUUUAAUUAAAUAUAAAGCGACUCUGUAUCAGCCGAGGCUCCUCAUAAAUAUUUGUUAAAAGUUGUAAAUUCUAACUUUGCGACGCAUAUUUUUUAACUAAAAUAAACGUGAACUGAAAUCGUGUCUUU